UCCAGCCAUCACGUGGAGUAACAAAUCUGCUAGCAGCUCAAACUACCUUGCUGCUGAGCAGAAAUGUUGGAUAGUAAAAUUGGUUCGAUUGCAGCCGGCAUCGGUGGGGCCUUGUUGAUCGGUUAUUGCAUUUAUUUCGACAGAAAACGGAGAAGUGAUCCUAACUUCAAAAAAAGAUUGCGUGAACGUAGGAGGAAGCAAAAAAUCGCACAGGAAAAGUCUGGAUUAGCCAGGAUACCAGAUCUGAAAGAUCCUGGAGCUGUGCAACAGUUCUUUCUUGAUGAGAUCCAGCUUGGAGAAGAGCUGUUAGCACAGGGAGACUAUGAGAAAGGUGUGGACCACUUGACUAAUGCAAUUGCUGUGUGUGGACAGCCCCAGCAGCUCUUACAGGUGCUCCAGCAGACUUUACCUCCACCUGUCUUCCAGAUGCUUAUUACCAAAGUACCCACCGUCAGCCAGCGGAUAGUAAGUGCCCAGAUCUUGGCUGAAGAUGAUGUUGAAUGAGCACGCAUGGAUUUUGCUUGGCCAUAGAGAAAGCCUAGUAAAAGACUCAUUCUAAAUCAUGUGCUGUGAAAUGCUGCUGUGAAGUCUUUCUCUGUGUAUAUUUUAUUUGUAUUAUAUAUGUAUAUUUUAAUUUAAUGCAUAUAUUUUGGAGAGUAGUCAUUCUCAAUACUACAAUAUUAUAUGAAAAAUCUUGAUAUGUUUAAAAUACUCUGAUGGGUAGAGAUUGACAUUGCUGUUAAAGGAAGAUGCAUGGCUUCAGAUUUUCUACUAAUAUAAAGAAUAUGUAUUUCAGCUUACACUGUGCGUUAAUUAUAUUGAUCUUGUAUCAUGUGUUAUGAGAUUUUCUAUGUAGUUAGAAAAUGAAAUAUGUCCUUUUUCAAUGUUUGGGUAUAAUUUUGAUUACUCUAGGUAAAAUUUGUCAGUCACUAAACAGCAGUUACAUGUUUACAUCACAUGCACAAACACAUUUCAUUUAGGUUUUUUCACAGCUACUACGCCAAAGGAUGUCUAAUGUCACCAAGAGACAUUUUCCCAUCUAAACAUUUAUCUUGUGAUAUAGUUUAUACCAGUAAGAGGCAGUAAUAAUAAAGAAUAGGUGCAGUUACUUG